CGCCGUCAUCGUUUCGCGCGUCGCCGUGCCGUCGUCACCACAGUCGUUGUCCGUCGUCGUCGUACGCACAUUCUCGUACGCAUCGCCGCCACCGUCUGCUUGUCUGUCGCUCGCCCGCGGGUUAAUCACCACGCCGUAUUUAUAAUAAUAUUAUCACUCGGACGAUGUCGCCGGUACGCCGUUGACGAGUUACCUCCAAAGCCGGACGAAAGUCGUAAUAUCCGCGCACCGACAUAAUAACGUUCAUCGUAAGACAAAUCGAUCGAUAUUUUUAUCGUCUUCUCGAGACGCGUGCGAUCCGAGUUUUCCGGUGAUAAUAACAUUUCGUCGUCGCUGUCGUUAUUAUUCGCGUCCGGCGGAAAACCACACGAUUAUGACGCGGAACCGCUUGUCGUCGUCGUGGCCUCCCACGCAGCUACUGGCCUUGGUUCUACUCGUCGCCGUCGUUACAGACGCCACGGCCAAAGAACCUUCGCUGAUCAUCCGACCGACACAGCCGAAACAGGUUAAACCGAUUGGCUCGUCUUUGAUAUUGAACUGCCAGCCCGACGUCGAACAACCAGAACUCGUAAAGUAUCUCAAAUGGCUAGAUCCGCAGAACAGGACGAUCGAUCAGACCUCGACCGCCGGAGCGCACGUGACCACUACGUUUACUUCCAGCAACAAUUUGGGACUGGUGAUAACUGGACUCACCGAAGCUGAUGUGGGCACGUACACGUGCACCGCCACUUAUUCCAAUUCUGAAUAUCUGGCCCGCAGUGUGAUCGUCGACAGUUUCUACGACAUCACGUGGGUGGACGCUCCUACCGAACAAUAUCCGAUAGCUGGAACUAGUUACAAAGUGCGCUGCAAAGUCAAGGCCAAUCCCGCGCCACUGGUCGACUGGUACAAGGAAGACACCAGGAUUCAAGACGGCAACGGAUUCGUCAAGGACAUCGACGGUCUGCUGAUCCAAAAUGUCACCGCCGAAGACGACGGUCUGUACAAGUGCCGUGCCAUCGUGUUGGACACGGGUAACAUCCUGGACCGGGACAUCAGAGUCGAGGUUCACAUCCCACCGACGUUUGCACCCGACCAAGUGUCCCAGCUGGAAGUUGUCGAGGGCGAGAUGGCCAGCGUACGGUGCGCGGCCAACGGUAAACCAGAACCAAGGGUGACAUGGAUACACAUGCCGGACCAGCGAGACUUGAGCGAGGGAACCGAGAGGUACUCCGUGAACAAGCUGACGGGCGUGCUGAGCCUGAACCGCAUCAGCCGCACCGACAACGGUCAGUUCAAGUGCGUGGCCAGCAACGCAGCCGGUCAGAUCGAGCGGUUGGUCAACGUGGUGGUGCUCAUCAAGCCCGAGGUGCUGGACGUGACCAACGUGUCAGUACCCAUCAACACCGAGGCCAGAGUCAAGUGCUCUGCAAACGGCAACCCUCUACCGUCGAUCAUGUUCAGGAGAGUGGGCACGAACAUCGUCAUAAAAUCGGGAAUCGAAGAUUAUCGCAUUAGCGUGGAGCACGACACCGUGGGGGACUUGGCAAUGGCCACUCUUGUGAUUAAACACCUGAACCGAUCCGACGAUGGACUGUACACGUGCAUCGCGUCGAACAAGGGCGGCGAAGGGACGAAAAACGGUCAUCUGACCGUCGAGUUCCCGCCUGUGUACGCCAGCAACAUGGUUAAGGAGGUGUGGACGUGGAACCGGAUGCCUGUGAACCUGUCGUGCGUGUCCGAAUCGCUGCCGAACGCUUCCAUCACGUGGCUUCUGAACAAUCAUAUAGUGGAGGACGACAUCAAUGUGCAAAAGUUCGGAAAGGGCCCUUACAGCAACCUGCUGGUGACACCGGUCGAUCAGCGCUACUACGGCGUGUACUCGUGCUUGACAAAAAACAUUCACGGCGAGAACAAAGCUGAAAUCACUCUCCGGGAAGCGCACCGGCCGUCCAAAGUGUCUCAGGCCAAGUUCGACGUCGUCACCGCUACGACGAUUUCGUUCGGUUUCGUGGGUCCGACAGACACGGGUGGUAUCAAAGUCAAAGCCUAUGCCGUCCAGUACAAGGAGGUAAAGCAGUCAUGGGAUGAAGGUCGCAACAAAUCUUGGCCAGUGGACACGCCUUACAUACUGGAAAACCUGGAAGCGCACAGGACCUAUAUGUUCAGGUUCGCCGCCAUCAAUGACGUGGGCACCAGCGACUGGAGUACCCCGGAACAGCGCACCAUGCCCAAAAGAAGCGCUCCUGAGGAACCAAAAAUAUUGGUCAACAAGGACGUGUACACCGAUGAUUAUAUCAACUCGCCGUACGGCAACAGCUACGAAGUGAACUGGAAGAUCCCGGCCGACAACGGGGAGCCCAUAAACCUGUACAACGUUCGUUAUUGCGUAGCCGACAAGGUAAACACGAUGUGGGUAACCAGAAUAGAAUCGUGCCGGAGCGAGGACCUCAAGUCUCCAGACAAGACAGCGUUUUUGAUGGACAAUCUAAACGCUAACACGUUUUACAGAGUGGAAGUCAGAGCCCACAACGAAAUUGGAUUUAGCGUACAGUCAGAACUCGUCUUCAAGACUGCGACUGGCGUGGACAUACCUCCAAUGCAGCCGCCGUACACUAACCGGCUCAGUUCGGUGGUCAUAAUCAGUAUCGUCUUGGCCGUCCUGUUCACCGUGUUGGUGGUCAUCGACGUGUCGUGUUACUUCGCCAACAACACUGGUAUCUUGUACAUACUGUUCGGGAUGUGUUGUCGGAAGAAGAAGAGAGACGAGGACGCAAAGCUUGGAAGUUUGUAUGGUUGGCGUUUUCCGUUGCCGUAUUGCAACAACAGCACGGGCGAAUCGUCCAGUAACGGAAACGGUUCUUCUUACACUUCCGACGUAGAGAAAGUCCCCUUGCCAGAUAUGAACUUUGUGUUCGAGGGCAAAGAACUGUUGACCAACGGCAACACCUACCAGAGCAACAAUCUGCGCAUCGAACCCACCGAAAUGCUGAAAAAGGACACUGAAGUGGAGUACGACGUCAAACGGUCCGUGUCGCAGACCCGUUUCGUCGGCAAGGAUUCGGCCGUCUAAAAACGACAGCACCCGAACCCGACCGAUCCGACGAUGACACGAUUGCAACGAUUCUACACGACCACGUGUUAUUUUGCGUAAAAUACGCACAUUACGACGGCGGCGGCGGUGUACGCGGAGCGACGAUUUCUUCACGACUGAAAAAUAUAUUUUAAAAAACAAAAUUCAUAAAUAACAUUAAAAUUUGAUAAACGCUAUAAUAAUAUGAUAUCAUGAUGAUUGGGGUGUAUGAUAAGUUUUUGUACGCGAAACAAUUCUCCGAGUUUGACCGACUGAGUUUCGCGCCGCUCUGGCAUUUAUUUUAUGUAAUUAUUAUUAUUAUUACCGUAGCGUUUUAUACUACCCAUAGCAACAUUAUACUACAUAAGUACAACCUAUUAUACUGCUACUAUAUAAUAUUUUUACUAUCAUUAUUAUAUUAUAUUAUAUUCAUUAUACUUUUACACUAUUAUUACUGUACAAUGUUUACUGUUACUGUAUAACAUUUAUAAUAUUACCCACUACUGAUAACAUAAUAUAUAUUAUAAAAAUAUACCGCUAGUACUACCCACCCAGUGUAACGCAUUCGUGUCCCUCCCUCCCUGCGCCUCGUUUUGUAGAUAGAUUUUUCAAUGUUAUAUUUUUAAGUGUUUAGCGUUAAGGAUUAUUAAUUUUUAUUAUUUCAUUUUAUACAUAAUAAACGAUAUUUCGAACGAAUUUCCAUCGAUCAAUUUUCAUCUCGCUCGACGACUCGGGUCGAGAACAGUUAUACAGUAAUAUUAUUAUAAGAAACGCUUUUAGUUUUUUUUCGCUCGUACGUCGAUUCGAUAAGAUUCCCACUACUUUUCGAAAGCCCAAAAAAAAAAAUUCAAAUAAAUAAAAAUACAUACGCAGCUGUAAGUGCGUGAUUUUAAACGGUUUUAAACAGAUUUUAAUCUACCUAAUAUUAGGUAUUACCUACGUCAUAAUAAUAAUAAUAAUAAUAUCAUCUCUGUACGUGUACAACUUUUCGCGUGUAGCCAAGAAACGGUGUCGUACGUAAUAUAAAUUGUACACUUUAUUGGAAUUCGUUUGUUUUCUCGGUCGAAUCUCGGUUUAGGAUCAAAAUACCAUUAUUAUUACGCGUCUUUUGAUUUUUUGCUUUUACACCACGGACGCGAUCGUUUCGGUUGUUUGACGCUGCUUUGUACUUAAUAAAAUAAUAUUAUGUAUGUGUCGUGUAAGGAUUAAAUAUUAUGUCUUAAAACUAUUUUCGUAUUAUUGUGUAACGAUUUGAUGAUUUUUUUAUUUUUUUUUUAUUAUUAUUACUAUUCCUUAAAUUUGUUCCUACGUACAUAAUUUUUUACUUAUUAUUUUUUUUAAACUUAAAUCGUGUGGAUAUUAUACUAUUGUCAGUCGUAUAAUAAUAAUUAUAUAUUAUAUUAUGUAUGAUGAUAUUGUAUAUUUUUUGUGAAAUUUGUGUGAUUCGGUUUUAAGUUGAUUGGCGGUGCGCACCGCGGUAUCGGCUAAACUAUAUAAAGUUCUC